GGGAGGGCUCUUCCGGUGUCAUGGCGCUGAAGUACUUUCCCUUGGCACUUUGCAGGGUGCACCCUAGCUGAAUGGGCUGCUUUUUGUGAACUCUACAACCUACAGCUUGUAUAGGAAAUACCCUAGGAGACCCUCAAGCUGCGCAAUGGAGUCAGUGACAUUUGAGGAUGUGACUGUGAACUUCACCAUUGAGGAGUGGACUUUGCUGAGUGCAUCCCAAAGGAAGCUCUACAGAGAUGUGAUGGAGGAAACCUUUCAGAACAUUGUGAAUAUAGAGAGACUCUUGGAUAACAAGAAAGUGGAAGAAGAGUACAAUAAGUAUUGCAGAAAUCUAAGAAAUGAAGACACUGAGAAAUGCUAUCAAUAUAAAGGCUGGAAUCAGGAUAAAGAAUGCUUCCUCUGCACUCAAGAUGCUAAUGUCCAUAUGAAACCAUGUAGUUUAAAACCAAUUGAAAGUCUUUCUUGUAGAAAGCUUCAGAUUGGGCCUUUUUCACUAAACAUGCCCAUCAGAGCUCACAGUAGAGUAAAGCCUGAUAACUAUUUUGAAAUUAAAGGGAAGCUGUUUAAAUAUAAUGAAAAUAGAAAAAACUGGAAUGAUUUGCAGUCAUUUCAGAAUCAUGCAAGGACAGAGGCUUGCAAGAAAACAUGUGAACAUGAUCAGUGUGAGAAAUCUUGCUCUAGUCUUAGUGAAAGAACUCAUCUUAGAGACAAGACAUUUGCAUGCCCAAAAAAGUUAAAUGUCUCCAGCAAACCUAGUGAUGUUCAGAUGUAUCAGACAAACCACAGGGGUGGUAUACCCGCUGUAUGUAAGCAAUGUGGGAAAGCUUUCAGCACACAUUCUAUUUCUCAACAACAUGCAAUAAUUGAGAUGGAAGAGAAAAACAAUGUGUGCAAACAAUGUGAGAAAGCUUUCAGUACACAGAAGUAUUCUAAAAGACAUGAAAAAACUCACACUGGUGACAAACCUUAUGUAUGUAAGCAAUGUGGGAAAACUUUCAGUAUACAGAGAAAUUAUAAAAGUCAUGAAAAAUCUCACACUGCUGAGAAACCUUAUGUAUGUAAACAAUGUGGGAAAGCUUACAGUACACAAAAUUAUUGUAAACUACAUGAAACGAUUCACACUAGUGAGAAAACUUAUGCAUGUAAGCAAUGUGGGAAAGCUUUCAGCACACCGAGUUCUUGUAAAAUACAUGAAAGAUCUCACACUGGUGAGAAACCUUAUGUAUGUAAGCAAUGUGGGAAAGCUUUCACCACACAGAGGAACUGUAAACUACAUGAAAGAUCUCACACUGGUGAGAAACCUUAUGUAUGUAAGCAAUGUGGGAAAGCUUUCAGCACACAGAGUUAUUGUAAACUACAUGAAAAGUUUCACACUGGUGAGAAACCUUAUGUAUGUAAGCAAUGUGGGAAAGCUUUCAGUAAACAAGAGCAUUGUAAAAGACAUGAAAGAACUCACACUGGUGAGAAACCUUAUGUAUGUAAGGAAUGUGGGAAAGGUUUCACAACAAAGAGUUACUGUAAAUUACAUGAAAUAUCUCACACUGGUGAGAAACCUUAUGUAUGUAAGCAAUGUGGGAAUACUUUCAUCACACAGAAUUCUUAUAAAUUACAUGAAAGAUCUCACACUGGUGAGAAACCUUAUGUAUGUAAGCAAUGUGGGAAAGGUUUCAGCACACAGAGUUAUUGUAAACUACAUGAAAGAUCUCACACUGGUGAGAAACCUUAUGCCUGUAAGCAAUGUGGGAAAGCUUUCAGCAUACAUAGCUCUUGUAAACUUCAUGAAAUGAUUCACACUGGUGAGAAACCUUACAUAUGCAAGCAAUGUGGAAAAGCUUUCAUCACACGGAGGAAUUGUAAACUACAUGAAAGGUCUCACAUUGUUGAGAAACCUUACGUAUGUAAACAUUGUGGGAAAGCUUUCAGCACACAGAAUUAUUGUAAACUUCAUGAAAGUUUUCACACUGGUGAGAAACCUUAUGUAUGUAAGCAAUGUGGGAAAGCUUUCAGCACACAGAGUUAUUGUAAACUACAUGAAAGGUUUCACACUGGUGAGAAACCUUAUGUAUGUAAGCAAUGUGGGAAAGCUUUCAGUAAACAGGAGCAUUGUAAAAGACAUGAAAGGUUUCACACUGGUGAGAAACCUUAUGUAUGUAAGGAAUGUGGGAAAGCUUUCAGCACACAGAGUUAUUGUAAAGUACAUGAAAUAUCUCACACUGGUGAGAAACCUUAUGUAUGUAAGCAAUGUGGGAAAGCUUUCAGUAAACAGGAGCAUUGUAAAAGACAUGAAAGAACUCACAUUGGUGAGAAACCUUACAAGUAAUCAAUAUGUGAAAGCUUUCAGCAUACAGAGUUAUGGUAAACUACAUGAAAGUUUUCACACUGGUGAGAAACCUUAUGUAUGAAGCAAUGUGGGAAAGCUUUCAGCACACAGAGUUAAUUGUAAACUACAUGAAAAGUCUCACACUGGUGAGAACUCUUAUGUAUAUGAGCAAUUUGGGAAAGCUUUUACUACACAGGACUUGUGAAAUAUAUGAACAAUCUCACACUUAUGAGACAUCUUAUGUCGUGAGUGUCUAGAGCACUCUGAACUCCGGGCAAGGUAAACACGCACGCCUUGUCGGGACACGGGGGGUACAGCGCUUGGAAAAGAAAGACAGGAGAGACACCUUUGCUGUCUGCACCGCGUUACACUGCACUGCACUGCACUGUACGCACAAUCUUUAUUUUAGGAUUCAUAUAUAGUAAACCCGAUCAAUUCACAGAGCCCAGAUAAUUAAGUAGUGAAAAGGCAUUCUUUGUGGCAAGCUACAACGU